AUGAAGAUGAUCAAUCGCCCACUAUACAUAUUUCUUGUUUCCUUAAGUGUAACAGCAAGCACGGAACAAAACGAAUAUAUAUACAAAACAUAUGAAAAUCUUCCCGUUUUUCUUAAAACAGGAGCAUUGAAAGGCGUUAUUGAUACCUUCGUUGCUCUCGACAGUGCAACCAAACAGGAAAUUGUUUCCGCUGCUACACAAUUCGGUAAAGACCAUAAUAAAACUCAUUAUUACGAAGUCAUUUUCAAUACCAGCAUGGAUCUUUUCAAGGCUAUGGAUAAUGCUGUGAAGCAGUACACAAAAAAGGUUGAAAAACUAUUUAGCUCAAAAGCUAGGAAAUAUGGAAUGCUUUUCACCGUUAUCUUGGAAUGUCUGUUACAUGUAUUAUUCGAAUCCGAGGAUUUGUCAUUGAUUAAUGUAAUGGUCCAGCAGUGGGCACAACAGUUUGCAAAACUUGAUGAGUGGGCACAGAGCAGCUUCAAAAAUGAAUUUGCUCACUUGGCGCGUGACCUGCAAGAUUUGGCAAACUCUCUCUCGAAAGGCAACAAGUCUCUUGAUUCAGCUCCCAGCUUGCUAUAUAGCUAUGAUGGUAGUAUUUGA